GCGGGCAAGGCGGAGCUGGGCAUGGUCUAUUCGAUCCUAACAGUUUUUCCUCCGUGAGUGGAAUGAUGAAUAACCUAGGACCAUCCAUAACUGAACACUUGGAUUUUCCCACAUCCAACGCGCACACAAACGCCCAAGAUUGGGAUCGUUCGUCAGGAACACACAGUCAAGCGCGUCGUAAUGGUGAAAAUUCAGUACACGACCCACAUCAGGGACAUGCUCAUGGUCCAGCCCAUCAAGAGAUAGAUCACUCGAAUCAUGAACACGUAGGGGGAGCAAUGGCGAUAUCUAAUUUUGUUUCCGUCGAAGCGAACCCUCCGUCUGGACAAACUCCAACACGUGAAGAGGCUCUCGCAUUGAGGCAACAACAACUUUGGGAUCUCAGGAACGGUGUUGCUAGUACUGCUAGUCAGACUGGCCAACAACCUACUGAUACCCACCACGAACAUGCUCACACUGGAGAUCUAACCUCUGCUAAUCAGCAACCAAGGGGGCACACAGAUCACUCUCACAUAGGAUCGCCUACAGACACGUCCCAGUUCGUUACCGUCGGUUCACAACAUCAAUCGGACCCAAUGCCGAAUCCAUCAGAUCCUUCUAACCCGAGUCUAACACGUGCAGAAAAGCGUGAAAGACAUCGGCAAAGACGUUUGAACCGCUUGAAUGGUGCGUCUGAACCUGUUAAUGUAGGAUCCGGACAAGAAGACCAACAUUUGACGCGUCAAGAGCGGAACCGACAGCGACGACUUAAGCGGAGAUGGGAGAAACAGGAGAGACGUCGAUUGCAAAGAUUAGGACAAGGUUCGGCUGAUCCCACCGACGCACACAGAAUCGGAGCCGUAAAUACUCCAGAUCAGCAUGAUAGAAACAACCAACGCUUGAACCGACGAGGUAGAAAAAGGUGGAAUAGGAAUAAUAGAGACCCAACCGCAAACACUGUCGGUCCAGUCGACCAAUCUGUUGCAGUAUCAGAGGGGACUCACUUGGCAGAUACUGCAGCUUCCUCUUUCAUAUUACAACAAGAACAGACGCGAUUGUCGGCAUCAGCUCUUGAGUGGCUUGAAAGAGAAAAAGCUCGUUUGCUAGCUGUAGAGAGGGCAAAACUAGCAGAAAAGCAAGCUAAAGAAUUGGCCACAAAAAUAGCAGCAGAAAAAGCAGCAGAAGUACAAAGAGCCAGGGAAAAAGAAAGCUUAAGGCAAAAACAGGAACAAGAAAGAUUAGCUGCAGAAAUGAGAGCAAAAAUUCUGGCUGCAGAACAAGCAGCUGAGAAAGCUCGCCGUUUACAGAAACAGAUAGCUGAAGAGAAAGAAAGACAACGUCAAGAACAGGAAAGACUUCGAGCACAGCGUCUAGCAGAAGACAGAGCACGUACAGAGGCUAAACAGAGAGCAAGAGAAUUAGCAAUGAGGCAAGAAGCAGAAAGACAACGUCAGGAACAGGAAAGACUUCGAGCACAGCGUCUAGCAGAAGACAGAGCACGUAAAGAGGCUGAACAGAGAGCUAGAGAGAAGGCGAUAGAGCGAGCCCGGCUAGCAGAACUCCAACGAAUGACAACGACAGUAGCCCCAGUCCCUGUAGUCCACGUUCGGCGCAGUCGGCGGCGACGACGCAGGUUAUUUAGAGGGAUUAAAAGAUUAUUCGGGAAAAAAUGAUUGAAUAUUUAGGAAUAUGAAAUAUAAACACAGUUUAUAUGUCAACAACACAUAUGAUAUAUCCAAUAGGGUUACCAUAUGUAUAACAAGAUAUUGAAAUUACAACAAACUGAUAAGGAGAAGACGAGGAUGCCGUUCUCUGAACUGUUCGACAGUAUAAAUGUACAAUGCACAUCGUUUGUGACGCUUUGUCACAAUAUUGACCAAUAUAGUUCUAACAUAUUAACCAACAUAAGAUGGCAGCCUUUCUUCCUAUAUCCUCGUUGGUUGAAUCAUAAUCUCAUGGAGUUUGGAGCGAUGUUGACUCGAUUUAACCAUUUUCAGAAACGACAAGUCAAUAUUCUCUCUCGGACGUCACACCAAUUGUAAGGUCACAAUGCUCUGUGCUAAAUGCAGUACUUUUCGCUUGAUUUAUAUAAGUUCCAGUAUGUUUAAUCAAGAAUACCGCACUGUUUCAUGUCUAAUACAAUAGUAAAGUAUUUUUAUUUCAGUGAAUAUGUGGUUAUAUUGACUUGUAAAGUGAUGUUAACCUCUACUUUGUCUCGGUCAAUAUAUCUUUCAAAUGUUCAUAUAUCAACAUAUUCACUUCAACACACGUCCAUAAUAGAUACUUUGACGUACAUUUCGCUAUUCACGUAGAGGGAAGUUCUUCUAUAACCUUAGAGACUUCCGCACAGAAGCAAAAUCGAGUUGUUUAAUAUGAUCUAAUUAAAAUAUGUUCGAUAAGAA